GUUUGCCGUUUUCUGUAACUUAAAACAACAGAUAUGGAAGAUGCCCACACACACCUGCUGUCUCUGUUAGAAGAUAAAGAUGCAGCCUUUUUUGCUGUUUAUGAUGGUCAUGGAGGAGCUAAGGUUGCUCAGUAUGCAGGAUCUCAUCUCCACAAGAAAAUAGUUGGUCAACCAUCAUACAAAAAGGGUAAGAUCGAGGAAGCGAUUAAAGAAGGGUUUUUAGCUGUGGAUUCUGACAUGUUGGAAGGUAGGUCUUUUUUGUAAAUAAUUUUUGUAUUAAUGUGUUGGAAGA